AUGCAGAUCACCACUCUCCUCCUCCUGUCCCUGGCGGGCGCUCUGGCCGCUCCUCUGGAAGAGCGUCAGGCUGUCGGGGGUAGCGGUGAGGCUCUCCAACAGCGCGACAACGAGGAGCGUGACUGGACCCAAGUCCCUCCUCAGUGGAAGCGCGACAACGAAGAGCGCGACUGGACCCAGGUUCCCCCUCACUGGAAGCGUGACAACGAGGCUCGCGACUGGACGCAGGUUCCUCCUCACUGGAAGCGCGACAAUGAGGCGCGUGAUUGGACUCAGGUUCCCCCUCACUGGAAGCGCGACAACGAGGCGCGUGAUUGGACUCAGGUUCCUCCCCACUGGAAGCAGUUGUCCUAUGAAGGCGGAUGGAGGGUGGUGAGGAGGUUGGCAGCGCGUGUAAGCUGCUUUCCAUCGCCGUCCUUGUGUUGCACAAAGGGGGUCCCAGGUUCGAGGUCCUCUGUGUACCUUGUGUGA